AUGCCUCAUUCGACGCGAGCAUCGUCAGCCAGUCGAUCCUCGACCCCCCUCGUCAUCGAAGGAAAUAUGACCAAGGCCAACAAUCUGCGAACAUCGAUGGAGAAGUUUCCCGACCAUGUAGAGCCUGUUAACGGGCAAUCGCCAUAUCUAUAUCCUUCUAGUCCCUCCGCGACACCAGGGAAUUCGUACCCAUACAACAAUGGCCAGCUUUCAGCAGACAGUGAUCGAUGGCAACCGCAACGGGAUAGCCCCAUACGAGGGACAACUUGGAAUACGCAUUUGAGCGCAAGCGCUGGAACGGGAGGGCGGGGCCAUGGAAGGCAGAAGAGUUUGAGUGAUGCUUUUAGGACAAUACGGACGCGAAAGGCGAGCGUCAGCGCAAACCUGCAUGAGGUCUCAGAUGCGUUAAAAGCGCCUGUCUCCCCCAGGUUAAUUAUCCUCUGCAUCACCUGGUAUAUGUCGAGUGCCCUGACAAAUACCUCUUCUAAAACUAUCCUCAACACCUUCCCCAAACCAGCAACCCUCACCCUCAUACAAUUCGCCUUCGUGUCCUCAUUUUGCAUCUUCUUCUCCUGGCUCGCAUCAAUAUUCCCCAGCCUUAAGACCACCAUACCUGCCUUGAAGCACGGCAUACGACACCCUACUCGCGAUGUAAUAAUCACAACUCUCCCCCUUGCCGCUUUCCAGAUCGGAGGCCACCUUCUCUCGUCCACCGCUACAUCUAAAAUACCCGUCUCCCUCGUCCAUACCAUCAAAGGCUUGUCGCCCCUCUUCACAGUCUUUGCCUACCGCAUCAUAUUCAACAUCCGCUACCCAAUCGCCACAUAUCUAUCCUUAAUUCCACUCACCCUGGGGGUAAUGCUGGCUUGCUCUGCUGAAUUCAGAGGCAACAUAGUCGGAAUAUUCUGUGCUUUCCUCGCAGCCAUGAUUUUCGUAACACAGAACAUAUUCUCCAAACGCCUCUUCAACGACGCCGCCACAGCAGAAGCAUCAAACCACUUGACGCAAAGCCGCAAACUCGACAAAUUAAAUCUAUUAUGCUAUUCCUCAGGUCUAGCCUUUGUACUCACCUGCCCUAUCUGGUUUUGGAGCGAAGGGAUCCCGCUUAUACGAGACUUUCUGCAUGACGGCUCUCUCGACCUGUCGGAAAAGCCAUUGUCAUUUGAUCACGGUCGUCUAGCGCUCGAAUUUGUUUUCAACGGUACCUUCCACUUCGGACAAAAUAUCAUGGCUUUCAUCCUGCUUAGCAUGGUGUCACCCGUUUCCUACUCAGUCGCAUCUCUCAUAAAGCGUGUUUUUGUCGUUGUCAUAUCAAUAAUAUGGUUUCAGAAUUCCACAACAAAGAUUCAGGGAUUUGGCAUCGCACUCACAUUUUUUGGGCUUUAUCUGUAUGAUCGUACCAAUGAGAGAAACAAGGUGGAUAGGAAGGCGUCUAUGAUGGAUGCUAAACAACCUUCCAUUCUUCCUCUCUCGAAUAGCAAUGCCGCCAGGGAAACGAUUUAUGAGAACCCCGUGAAUGUUAGGGGCUACACGAACGGGUAUGCGCUUUCUCCCUCAACCAUGGGCGAUAAGAAAAGCGAUGAUAGAGGAGGGAGAGCGAGAGGGAGUAGUAAUGCAGCUUGGCUACCGCCUGGUACGAGGCAGGAGGAGACCUGGAGGCCCAGGGAAGGUGUUUCUGUAAAUUAA